AUGGAAAAUAAAGUGGAGAGUCCAGAUUACCAAAUGAUGGAUAUUUCUGAGACAAUAACAACAACAGAUAAUAUCUCUACUUCCUCAGCAUCGCCAACAAUCUCGAAUCAAGCUGAUAAUGAUAUCAACAAUCUCGAUGAAAAGAGCAGUAGAAACGAAGCUUUUUAUGAUACAAUAAACAAAGUGAUAAAAGCAGUGGAUCGCUUGCCAGAUCAAGUAUGGACUAAAGCUUGUGAUUAUAUCAAAGACGUGGAAAAAAUUUAUUUGGAGGAAAUCCCUGGAGUAAAAAUCAAAAAAGAAGAAACACUUGACAUUAAAAAAGAAGAAACUAAUGACAAAGUAACAUGUUGA